AUGGAUAAAAGUGCAAGUAGUCUUGGAAAGGCCCUCGCUGCUAUCUAUAGCUCCCGCCUUCAGCACCCUGAUGAUCAGCUAUUGGAAUGCUUCCUACGUGACUCUGAAGAUCCUGAAGCUAGUUCCCGCUACAUGCUACAGAGAUGUUCCGACGAAUGCUCUGACAGGGAGGAAACUUUUGAUGUAGCGCCUCUCUUAUGCGAAUGGAAAGAGCUCUUGGGAAUUGGCUCCGAUUAUCGCAUGACGCAAGUCACAAUUGGAGGCCCUACCGCUCAACCAUCUGCUCUUGCCAGCAUUCCCAAGGUACAAUGGGGCAGCUUUACAGAUCACUCGAACUCUGGCAUUGAGACCCCAGAUAUCCGUCUGUUAGUAGCUGUAUCAAGGUUUUCCAGGCCCAUACGAUGGACACUAGUUGCUCGAGAGAUUGUGCAUCGGCAGCAACUUCCGGCUACUAGCAUUAUAACCUUCUCGCUAUACCACUACGUUACGGAGCAUGUCGCCCUUGCGCUUGCUUCAGCUUUCCACUUGAUACCAGUGCCUUUCCGCGUUCGAAUCUACCACUCCUUGAUUCAAUUGGGAGUUCGUAUUUACGGGCCGUCCUGCAGCUUGAGGGCUCAACAGCUCCCUUUUGGCAUGUACAUGAAGAUUAAGAGCGUUGAAGACCACCAAGCGUUGGCAAAUGAGUUUGGGGCACUUCGUCUAGUUGGGAGCCAGACCCAGAUUCCGGUUCCUCGCCCGUUGGGCCUGGUAUCUGACACCGAAACAUCCUACAUGUUGAUAACGACCCUGCCGGGACAGCGCUUCGGCUCGUACGUCGAUGUACUCAGCAAUGAUGAUCUUGAUAUCUUCAAGCGCGAUAUGCAGAAGUACAUGGCACAGCUACGCUCAAUCUCAAGGCAGGGGGCACCAAAGCAUGCUAUUAGCAAUGCCACUGGUGGGCCCUGUUAUGACUAUCGAAUCGUGGCCUGUCAAGACUACGACAAGGAUCGUGGUGACUUCUUCGGGCCAUUCAUCGACGAAGAAGAGUUCAAUAGUACACUGCGGACCCCCGCUCUGCCAGAUGUAUUUCACUCCACGGGCCAUGACAUAGUGUUCACGCACUCUGACAUUAAUAUGCGGAACGUUUUGAUGCACAAUGGUCGGAUUUCGGGUAUCGUGGACUGGGAGAACUCCGGAUGGUUUCCCGAUUAUUGGGAGUACACUAAAGCGCAUUAUGUUACCAAGCUCAAUAAGAGGUGGCUGGCAGUCGUUGAUCGGAUCUUUGAGAGCUUUGGUGAUUUUAAGCUUGACUUGGCAAUUGAACGUCGCUUAUGGGAGUAUUGCUUUUAG